AUGGCAGUCAUGAAUCUACACCACCUCAUUUCGAACAUAACAACCACGCUCAAAGCGACUAUCGAAAUCUGUGAAAAAGCCACAGACAUCGAAUCAUUACCUGUACCUAUUCAGAUCCUGUGUUCACAGCUCCCUUGGAUCAUGGCCGCCUUUGAUAAAGCAAAAGAAGGUUUCCCAUGGAGUGUGGAACCUUCCCCAGACACGCUCGCCUUGAAGAGUAUUCUCAAAGACUGCGCUAAAAAGUCGUCCUCUCUGGAAGCCUGCUUGCGCGUGAUGAUCCCACGCGCCGAAUCGUCGACAUUCGAGCGAUACAGGCGAUCUUUGGGACUGGUACCAACGGAAGACAAGGUUGUGAUGUUGAAGGAUGGGCUAUUUUCCGACCUCAAGGCGUUAGCGGCUAAUCCAGCUGUUGACGCAGAAACGCAAGACAGUGUUAGGUCUCUAGUUGGUUUUGUUACUCAGGAACCGGGUUAUAAUCUUUGGGGUGUUUCAGAUAGCGAUUAG